CUCAUUGACGAUGGCGCGGCAUAAAGUUGAUGUCGAUGACUUAUCCUUUCCAGAAUCCGACGCGAGCAGCGAUAAUGAUAAACCAACGCGCAAAAAACUGAAACUGCAGAGUGCAGAAGCUAAAAGGCGUGCAAUAGUUUCAGCUUUUUUGGAUACGGAAGCUCAGGUCGGUGACGAAGAAGAUGAAGAAAACUACGAAGAGGAUCUAUUUUUGCCUGAUGAAUCAACGGAAGCAGAGAAUCUUGAGAAUAGAAGUCGAAUCCGUCGAAUGCUAGAUGAACCCGAACGUAAGGAGGACCGUAGAAUAGGUGGCGCUGGGCUCCUGGAAAACGCCAUCGAUAAACUUACAAAACGAUACCAAGAUAUGACAUUUGAUGAAGAAGAUGAAGACUUUAUAGAUGACGGUGAAGCCGAAGCAGAGCAAAGUUAUGGAGUCAUAGAAGAUGCAAAUGUUCUCAUCCCUGAUAUAAACGAUCCGAAACUAUGGAUGCUGAAACUUAAUAAGUCACAGUCUUCAAAAUUUGUUGCAAUCAGUCUCUUGAAUAAAUUCUUGAAACUUCAGGGACAAGGUCGUAAAUUAGGUAUAUACUCGUGUUUCGCGCCAGAUGAAAUCAAAAGUUUUAUAUAUGUAGAAGCUGAUACAAAAAGUGCAAUUAUAGAUGCAUUUUCUGAUCUUAGAAAUCUAAAUCUUUCGAAGUUGAAGAUGGUGCCCAUCAAUGAAGUAUCAACCAUCUAUGCGAUGGAAUCAAGACAACAGACCGUACCACUUAUCGGGGAAUAUGUUCGCAUAAAAACGGGUCGGUAUGCCGGAGAUCUUGCUCAAGUUCACGAAUCGGAUGAAUUAAAUGGCACUGUAGUUGUUAAAGUCAUACCCAGGCUGCAAGAAGACAGUAAAAAUUUUGAAGGUUUGAAUGUUGAUGAUAAGGGAUCAGAGUUUAAUUUUAAUAAGGCAAAUAUGGUCAAAAAAACAAAGUCAAAGAUCUUCGUUAAACGUUUAUUUGAUAGAGAAGCUGUUGAACUGAAGGGUGGCCUUAUUGAACAAGGUUUUACUCCGGGCACGUUUCGAUAUAACAAUAUGACAUUUUUGGACGCCGGUUUCUUGCUGCUGCGCAUAAGUGUGCGUAGGAUUGUCGUUGGUUCUGCUGUCGAUGCGACGCUCUCUGAACUAAAGGAGUUCAACCUAGAGGAUAAUUACGGGAAUGUAGCAAAUGUAAUAAAUACUUCAAAUCUACAUCUAUUCAGAUUAGGAGAAAAAAUACGCGUAACUCGAGGCGAAUUGAUCAAUGUAAUAGGACAUAUCGCAAGUAUGCAUAACGAUGAAAUAGAGAUUCAGCCAGAAGAUGAAAGCAUUCCAAACUUUAAAAUACAGCCAUCAUGUGUAAUGAAAUAUUUUCAAGAAGGUGAUAAUGUUAGGAUAAUAGAUGGUAUAAAUCGUGGAGAAUCGGGGUUGAUAUCUAUUGUGGACUUCGAAAAGAAGACAGCCGUUGUAUUCUCGCCUCAAAAAUCAGAACAGUUCAAGGUUAAACUCGACUACUUGGUUAAGGUGAAAGAGACCGUUAGCUUUGAAUCAUUAGGAUCGCUCAAUGGCUACUUCCUUGGAGAUCUUAUUCAAUCUUCUAAAGGAGAAGUGGGUAUCAUUGUUUCCAUUUCCAAAAGUUGUUUCACCGUUCUGUUAGAUACUAACGUUGAAGCUAAAUGGGUUAUGUCGGAUAUAUUGUGUAAACGCAGUUCAUUUGGUUAUAGUUCCAAGGAUGUCAACAAUGCUACCCUAUAUACGCAUAACAAGGUACUCAUAGUUAAUGGGCCAUAUAAAAAUAAGCAAGGUGUAGUAAAGCAUUUAUGGAAAAAUAAGUGUUUUGUGCAGCUGGAAAAAAACGUUUAUUUGGUAGUGGACAGCGGUGUGGUGUUGAAUAUGAGCAUUAGUGAAACUCCAAACUUUGCAGAACAAAGAGAGGCGCCUGAAAGAGGCCUUGAAUCGCGAUAUAAAAACAAAAUUCGUGUUCCCAACAAAUUCAUAGGUAAGACAGUGAAGAUACUGGUUGGAAGACAUAAAGGAUUAUUAGGGGACGUAAUAUCGGUGGACCAAAGCGAAUUUACCAUAAUUCUGAAAGUCAAGCCAAUGGUUGUGCGUAUAAAGAAGGUAGAUGUUACUAUAUUAGACAAUCGGGACCUCAUGGUGAGCAAAAUGCGCUAUGCAAAUACGCUUUUUGACAAAUCUUCACUUAAGUCGAAACAACUGUCCAAUCAAACAGGCAAACAAGUCAAUAAGUGGAUUAAAAGGGGCGUUGUUAUACGUAUUAUUGGCAAUGGGGAGUAUCGAAAUAAGAUUGGUAUUAUCGACGAAGUUGUAGAGGACCAAGCAGAUACAGACCUACAGAUCGUCCAUGUAUUUGUGGACGAGGAUUACAUCGCAAUCGCUGCUGAAUCGGUGGAGGUCCUUAGACCGACCAAAGAAAAUCAGGUUGUAACUCUCCUACGGGAAAAUGACGUCAUAGGCACAGUUGUAUCAGUUGGAGAAACCCAUGUCACAGUCAGGCUAGAAAAUGGUAGCGACAUUGAAGAGGCUGUGGAGAACUUGGCCUUGUAUGGAUCACUGAACAUUUAAAAAUAUGAG